AUUAGCUCAAGUGUGUUUUCCCUAGAAAUUUAUUUUUAUUAAAGAAAGCGUGCCUCUUUCUUCCCUGUUUGUGAAAAUUUAAGUCUUUUUUAAGUGAUCUUGCUAUAUAAACGAAUUCCAAAUAAAUUCUUUUAUAUCUUUCCAAUGUGUUCUGUUAUAUGACUUUAAAAAUUUUCCAUUUAAAACACAUAAGCGAUAAUUGAAGAAAUGUUCGAAACACCAGAUUUUAGUCAUUUGCGAGACAAAGAAUUUUCUGAAGUAUACGAACCAGCAGAAGAUUCUUUUUUAUUUUUAAAUUCUCUUGAAGAUGAAUUCGACUACUUAGCCAAAAUAAAGCCAACAAUCGUUUUGGAAAUCGGUUGCGGGAGUGGAAUAAUAAGUACAUUUGUUAAACGCCUCUUUCCAUUUAGUUUUUGUAUCUGCACGGAUAUAAACUCAUCAGCAUCGAAGGCUGCUGUGAUUUCCGCUGCACGUAAUUUGGUGGAUCUGAAUGCGGCUUCACCUUUAGAGGAUCGACUCUCUGGCAAGGUCGAUUUGCUAUUAUUUAACCCACCCUACGUUGUUACACCCGAUGAAGAAGUAGGUGGUAGAAAUAUAUCGGCUGCAUGGGCUGGAGGUGAAAAAGGCAGAAGAAUUAUUGAUAAAGUUUUGCCACACGUUCCAAACAUGCUGUCACCCUUGGGUGUUUUCUAUAUGGUAGUCAUUAAAGAGAAUAAUAUAGAUGAAAUAGAAGAGAAAAUGAGGAUAUUUAACAUGAAAAUGACUUGCGUUCGAAGUACCAGAACUGGGCCUGAAUUUUUGAGUGUUUUAAAAUUUACUUUCGAUAGAAGUUGA